AUCCUUACUCGGCGAUGGUCGCUCGGCUGCUGGAGGACACCUAGAAGCUUGUGAAAAGUCACCUACAGCAUGCACAGCUUCCGGACGUCCAGCUGGCAUCCGCUCCGUAUCUGGUACUGCUGCCGGGGCUACCGGGGAUGCCAUCUGCGGCCCUGCAGAGGAGCCGCAGUCCGGCGAGGUUGGCGCUUCCUUCACAGACCCGGCUGGGGUCACCAUCAGUAGUUCCAGCCAUGUCGCAAACGAUGGCACUGUUCUCGGCUCCACCGCUGCUGUGGGUGUUCUUGGAGAUGCCACACCGGACCUCAGCACAGGCACCACCGCAACGUGUCCUCCCGCCAGCUCCAAUGCAAGCCUCAGCAGCAGUGGAACUGCCUCGGAGGCGCCAGCUCAAGCCGACACGGCAAGUGCUCCCAGCUCCUUACCUGACGCAGCCAUUGCGGCAGGCACGGCCAUGACGACGGUCGGUGUGACUUCCCCAGCCGAUGCAGCAGCGCCUGCAGAUGCGGCAUCAGCCCGAAACGCUGCUGCUGCAGCAGCAGCAUCCCAGGACGCCGCCGUAGUUGCAUCAUCAUCAGCACAAGCAGCAGCAGCAGCACAACUCACUUCAUCCUCAAGUACGGACGGGGCUGCUAGUCCUGAGCCCCCCACCGGCCUCGUAAGCCGGCGGUCCACCAUCAUCGCCAUCGACGGUGCUCCGGGUCCUGGUCCGGCAGGCCUGCUCACGUCCUCGGGCCCUAUGCCUUUCGUCCCCAUCAUGCGCCCCUUCCGCAGCAGCCUGACCAGCAGCAACGGCAGGGGCAGCAGCCGAAGCGACUGCAGGAGCCCAAGCGGCUCCCACAACGCUAGCGGCAGCGCGGACAGCACCUCCGCCGGGCACCUUGACUCCCCCCAGCUGCCGCGGCGGGUGGCCUCGCCGGCACUCAAGGACACCGCCAGCCGACCCGGGGGCCCUCGGAGCCCGGUACAUCGAGUCAUGCUGCAGUUUGAUGGGCCCCGGGCCAGCACGCGUGCCGGCCCCACGGCUGGCAAUAACAACAACAACAACAACAACAGCGGCAGCAACAUAAAUAGCAACAACAACGGCGGCGCGGCUGCUGACCGGGGAGGUGCUGCUGCAACCACCGCCGCCGCACCUGCGGCGGCUGCUGUCGCCGCCACGGCCCCCGCUGCUCCCGCUGCGGCGGCUCCUGAAGAGGGGUCCUACGUGUUGCUCCUUCGAGGCGGCAUACCCGUCAUUUGCGGCCCGCCGCCGCCCAGUCAGUCGGGGCACAGCGCUGGCAACCAAGCCUCUGCUACCUCGCCUCCGCCGGCUUCCGUUCACACGCAGCGGUUACCCUCCCCGGACGGCCCUCACCGACCCCAGCAGCAGCAGCAGCAGGUACCGAUACGGCGGCAGCAGCAUGAAGAGCAGGCGCAGCAGCAGUCGCAUGGGCAGCGGCAGGUGCACCAGGAGCAGCAGCCGCAGCAGCCACACCAACAACUGCAUGAGCAGCAGCGGCACCCGCGCCCGGACCCCCUGUGCGGCUCCAAGGGCAGGGUGAGCGGCGGGGGCAUGCAGCCAGGCGCGAGGAGCGGCGGUGGCAAGGUGGCAGCCGCGUGGUCAUUGGAGGAGUCCCGACGAGCGCCGUUGCAGGGUGCUGCCGCCGCCUGUGAACACCCGCGAACGGAGGGCCGAGAUCCCGAACCCGGCCGUGGCGGCAAGCUGCAGCCCCUGUCGUCCAUACGCGCAGCCGCCGCCCAGCUGUCAGCUCGGCUUGAGCAGCUGCUGAAGCCAGUGGGCCGCCCGCGAUCCAGUCAGCAUCCGUUGGAUCGUAGCUCGUUAUCAUCUCCGCCCUGCAUGCAGCACAACCCCACAUCCGUCACGGCACCGGGAGGCAUAGUGGGCUGUGGCUCCAGCGCCUGGGCAAACGACUGGCGGUUACGUCGCAGGGCACAAAGCCUGCCGCAGAUUGGUCUGGAGGCGAUCGGGCGCGGUCAGCAGCUGCGCUUGCCCGCUCUACCGUCGGCAAAGUCCGUGGCUAAAGCAGCAGCAGCUGCGGCUGCUGCUGCUGCGGCGGGCCAUGCAGCAACUACCGGUGCUGCAGUGCAGCCGCCAGUUGCAGCAGAUGGUUGCAAGGACGCCGUCAUUUCGGCUGUCGCGGUGGUGACUGUCCCUUCCGCCCGGGCCGCUGGUCGGGCUGGAGGCGAGCACUCCGGGGGUGGCAUGGCGCAUGCCUGCAGCGGGGGCGGCGCAGGAGACGGCAACAGCUCGGGCGGCUCCCGCGCCAGCGUCCCGGCAGUGGUUGCUGUACCGCCACGACUGCUAGAGCUACCGGUACGUCGUCGGCCGCCGCCGCUGUCACCUCACGGCGGCUUGCCGCGUCGGGGAUCGCCCUUCGGCGGCGGCGCCGGCGGCGGUGCGCUGCUUGGCGGCCACCCUAGCUUCCUGUCGCGUGCGGACAGACAGCAGCAGAACACACGCUUUGAGGGGCACUCCCUCUCGCUCGCAGGCACCGGCACCGGAGACGGCAGCAGCGGUGGCAGCGGCGGGGAUCAGCGGCCGAGGCAGUGCGGUAGCCGGGGCUCGGGUCCGCCGCUUGCUGUCGAGGACAGCUGCAAGAGCGUGGGAUCGAGCACCGGUUGCUCGGAUUCCGGACUGCCGAGGAAUCUCAGUCAGCGUUCGGGGCCGCAAACCGGCCCAGCGGCCUUCCCAGCGGGUCGGCCUAAGGAGCGCCUGCCGCCGCGUCAGGCGGCCUCAAGGGUACGGCCGCAGCCGCUGCGGCUGUUCUCGUCGACUGACGGCGGUGACUCGCCGCAAGCGGAGGAACGCACGCAGCCAGCGGGGCCGUCGUGCGGGUUAUCCGCUGGGGGCACAGCGUACGGCGGCGGUAAGCCGGCGGCAGUUACCGGGGCGGCCGCGGCGGGGGCCGGGGCUGGGGCUGUAACUGACAUGCCUGAGGAGUCGAGUAGUAGAGACAACCAACGGAUAGCUGGGGUGGCGGAUGGGGCGGGGUCGUCGGUGCUGCCAUCCCUGCAUGGCAACUCCCCGCACGCAGACGGGCACAACAAGAUCAAUAAGGGCGCCGUACAGCCCCGCGCACGUUUCGCCGUACAGCAGCGAGGUCAGCAGGGCGACCGCGGGCACCACCAGGGGGCGGACGGCCCCGCGCGGGGACCACUGCAGGCUCGGUCCAUGGACGCGAUAUCGGGCAGCGGGGAGGGAAGCACUGGGGGAGCGUCGACGGGCGCGGAUGCUGGCAGCAGCCCGGUUGUGGCGGCUUCAGGGCUGUCUAUCAGCAAGUCCGUGCCUGACCUGAGGCCCUACGUGCGGCGCAAAGCCGGCGCGGCCCUUGCAAGCGCUGCCUCGCCCGUGACAACGUCUGGGCGCAGCAGCAGCAGCAGCAACGGCAACAACAACACUAGCAACUCUGCCAAGCCCAGUGGUCUCCUUUUACCGUCUUUGGUGAAUCAAAAUGCGACCCGCCCCGCGUCCAGAUCGGGGUCAACCGUUUCGGCCCCACUACCAGUGGUAGCAGCCGCUGCUGCUGUGUCCCCCAGAGCGCAGUAACGGUUACCAGCGUCAACGGGCGAUAACGCAGGACGAUAGCGCAUGUGAUGUGCCGUUAUGUAUGUGUGAUGAACGGGACAGGACGUCCCACGUGACGUACCCUGCCGAGGUUGCACAGCCGGAGUGACAAGCGCGUCAGCCCACAUGCACUCAGCAAACUUGGACAGCAAUGGCGGACAUGUACGGGUAUUAUGAAAUACGACCUUGGCUGUCCUCAUUAGGCAUGUGGGCCGGAGUCAGUCAGGCGAGACCGGCUUAGGUGCCCUGCGCUGUGAAGCAGGGUCACUUGUGUGCCAUGACGCACAAACACACUCGCGGCCAGUUUUUAUACCCACAAACAGCCAGCUGGUUGAAGACACAUAUACAGCUUUGCUUCUGCAGGUUCUGCUUGUGCUGCUUAGCCUGAGGAGGUGGUGGAAGCCGAGACGUGUUUUGCUGGGACGCAAUCCUGCUAUUGUCAUGUGUUGAAGGGCCUGGCUUGCCUUGAUAAAUGUACGGUAGUCGGUUGUUGUGAUUACAGUUUCAACGGGUUUACUGCACUUAGGCGUUGUGGGCUCUGCCCCUUGUGGCUGGGGCUGGCUUUCUCUUGCUACGGUACCUCUUUUUACUUGUUGUGAAGGGCGAGCGUUCAUUUGGAUACUGGAUAUUGCUUUAGUGGGCGUUGCUUUCAGCGUUUUAGGCUGUCUGCCCUACUUCGUUGCAUGGCAUCUAAAUUGCCUAAACUGCCUAAACAAGUGACGGCCAUAAUGAUGGGUCUUGGCGUCGAAACCUGUACAGGUUUUUGUUAAGACGUGGGCCUGUUUCGAACUCAAGAAACAUUCAGUUUGGGGCGUCGUGAUCUUGCCCUUUUGCUUGGCUGCUGUGCACUACCACCACCAUCACUUACGUGCCUUCCGUUGGCAUACACCGGUGCGUGUGCAUUGUGCAAAUCCGGAUACGGUGGAGAUACCCAUCGCUGACCUACGGUGUGUGUUGUGCGUGGUGCCACCUUUGUCGUACAGUCUGUAUGGCAGCACGCUUUGUGUUCGUACACGCUCUUUUGUUAACGAGGUGCGCGAGAUAUACUGCAGUGUGCGUUGCGGUGAAACAACCGGCUAAACGACCACGAACCUCGACGUUUUGGACAUUUUUUCCUUUUUUCCUACGCUUCAGUGUGCGUUUGAGUUGACGAUAUUUGACUGUUGGUUCGCAAAAUGUCGACCGUGAUGUGUACGGCAAGUGGGAACAAGUAGACCACUAUACGGCGCUGCGUUAUGGGCUUUUAUGGGCAGCGUGUUUAGUCUUGGAAGGGACAUGGGACAAGGAUGAUAGACUGCCACAUCCGUGUCUAGUUUCUCCCAAGCAAUUAAUGGUUCAUGUAUAACCGUCGUC